UUUUUUUAUUUCAUAAAGGAAAAUAAUUCAGGAUUUAUAUCGACGGCCAGCAGUGAGAGAACACGAACAUAUAGUGUGCCUCGGAGCACUGGAAAACACAAGUGCUCAAAUUGACUCCUGCAUAUACACCAAAACCUCUCGGCAGUCAGCUCUCAGACUCAGAACGCAGGCGCGUGAAUUCUCUCCACAUCAUUCGAGAAGAGGGAGAUCCGAUUGUUAUCCAGCGUCUGCCAUGGCUCCAAAACCCAUUACAAGUCCAGUUCCGGAUGCGUGGUACCCAACCCUAUCUGUGUUCAUGCUGUCGAUUGGUCUCCUCGUUACUGCUUCAUUCUUCAUUUAUGAAGCAACGUCCUCUAGGCAAAAUCGCAGUCUUGCUAAAGAGCUUAUAACAGGAGCGGUGGCAUCUGUCUUCCUAGGUUUUGGGUCCUUAUUCUUGCUGCUUGCUUCUGGCGUUUAUGUUUAAUUCAAAAAUGUUGAAUCUGUUAUAAUUUUGCUUAAGCAGAAUCAGAUAUAUAUGAAGAAUGAUAUGGUUGACAAUGUUAGUUAAAUACAUUUUUGGGUUAAGGUAAUUUGCAUCAAUAACAGUGAGGACUUGUUUUAAGCCUAACUUUGUGUAUUUGAUUACGCAAUGGAAUCUGUUGAAGUGGACUCGUUGUUCUCAAA